AUGGGGAAGAGACCGCCGAUACCACCAGACAUAGAAAAGGGAACACCACCAUUGCCACCAUUACCACCACCAGCUCGACCGCAGUUUCGCCCCCCUGUUCCCGUGCCGUGGUACGCAUGGCUCGUGCCUCUCAUAUUUGCAGCUAACUUCAUUACAUUCGCCACCACAAUGUACUUGAACGAUUGCCCCUCGAGAUCAGAUAACUGUCUCUUGUUUGAUGUCCUUGGAAGGCUUUCCUUUCAACCUAUAAAAGAGAAUAUGCUUCUUGGUCCUUCUAUUCCGACGCUGAGAAGACUUGGAGCUCUUGAGAGGAGACUUGUGGAGGAAGGUGAGAAAUGGCGUCUCAUCUCUUGCAUUUGGCUUCAUGGUGGGCUCCUUCACCUGCUGGCUAACAUGAUCAGCCUUCUAUGUAUCGGAAUGCGUCUUGAACAAGAAUUUGGAUUCUUGAGAAUAGGAGCUUUGUAUGUAAUCUCCGGGCUUGGUGGAAGCAUUAUGUCUUGUUUGAAAGAUUCAAGAGGAGAACGUGUAUCAGUAGGAGCAUCAGGCGCCUUGUUCGGGUUACUCGGUGCAAUGCUAUCAGAGCUGAUCACAAACUGGACAAUCUAUGAAAAUAAGUGUACAUCACUUAUGACAUUGAUCCUGAUCAUUGCACUGAACCUAAGCGUCGGAUUAUUACCACGUGUAGACAAUUCUGCUCAUUGUGGAGGAUUCUUAGCCGGUUUUUUCCUAGGGUUUGUCCUUCUUCUCCGUCCGCAGUACGGAUACGUGAACCCCAAGUACAUUCCACCUGGUUAUGACGUGAAACACAAGAAAUCAAGACACAAGUGUUAUCAACACGUCUUCAGGAUUACAUCUCUAGCCAUUCUUCUUGCUGGAUUCAUAGCGGGAUAUACUAAGCUUCUAAGAGAACAUACCGCAGAGAGCGUGCCAUUCAGAGAUGUCAAUUAG